CUCCUCCGCCUCCCCGACAUGGCGUCCCUCGCCAGCGCCGCCCUCGUCUGCAAGAGCUGGGCCCCAGUGGCAUCAUCCCCUGCGAUCUUCCGCAACUUCCUCUCCCUCCGCAGGCCCCCACUCGUCGGCUUUAUCCUCACCGACCACGUGCGCGUUCCCCGGUACUGCCCUGACCUCUGCUUCAUCUCAGCUGGAUCUGGUAACCCCAAUCUGGCCACCGCCGUCGCUGACGGCGAUUUCUUCUUCGAAGACAUCCCCGACAUCGAUUCAGAUGACGAGGAGGAAUACUACCACGAUGAGUGGCGCCUCCGUGGCUGCGACGGCGGCCGCCUCCUCCUGUCACGCGGCUGGAACUCGGUUGAUCUCGCCGUCUAUGAUCCCCUCGAGCGGACCGCCGUCUUCUUCCGCGGGCCUAACGCCUGGCGCCAUUCGUUCCACAUGGUACGUUACGCCAUCUUGGCGAGCGAGACCGACUCCUCCUUCAGGGUAAUCGGCUUCCAGCAAUGGGGUGAUGCAUUUUCCGCGGUCUUCUCCUCCGACAGCCGCAAAUGGGUCAUGAUUGACUCAGAUGCGGAUCAUCGUGUAGGGGAUGAUUUUUAUCAUAUCAUGAGCGAUGGCAUGUCCGCGGGCCGGUUCGUGUACUGGCGGUCGGACACCAAGAAGGUAAAGUACUACAAGACCGAAGAGAAGAUCAUGGUGCUGGACACUGAAACAAUGGUGUGGUCGGUCAUCAAACCGUCGUUCCCUCCUGGUGAAUCCUACUGCAUCGCGGACAUGGCGGAGCACGGUGGCCUCUGCAUCGUGUCCAGCAAGGAGCAAUGCGUGCAGCUCUGGGUCCGUAACAGCAACAAUGAGUGGAUGCUCAAGAAGGAGGUAUUGUUGCUGAAUAAGUUUGGGUGCUUGAAGAAACUUCGCCGUGAUGAGUGGAUGAAGAGGGUGCGUAUCCUGGCAGUGAAGGCUGGUUAUGUCUACAUGGAGUUUUGGUCCAUAAGGAAGCCUCAUUCCUAUCUUCUUGUGCUCAAUCUGAACACCACCAAGCUGAAAAUCAUUCGCAACCAGUCGACCAAGCCUUACAGGGGUUCUGCCUUUCCGUUCUUCAUGAGGUUCGCACCUCUGCCUGCUACAGAUGAUGACAAGAAACUUUGAGGUGCUUGAUAGUCAUGCAAUGGUAUAGGUCAAGUUGUUACUUUUCGCUUUGAUGAGAGGAUGCUGAGUUAAUUGGAGCAUGAAGUCAUUCCAGUUUCCAGAUAUUACUUUGAAGUGUAUUGCCAUCUGAGUUUUGACAUGGAGAUGUAGGCAUGCCAAUACGGCCUUUUGUGACAAUUUAUGCCUCAUUCUGGACCUAGUCUUUUCUGGUUAUGGUACCCAUUCCGUUUUAGUUUAAAUCAAACUGUCCACGUCAACUGAGAUGAUUAUUUCAGCUGUCUAAUCUUGAUGCUUAAAUUAAAUGUGUGGGAUUACUGAGAUUCUUA